UACGUAGCUGAAAGGUAUAUAUAUAAAUGGAUUCAUCAUCAUCAAGCACAUAUUCCUCUCCAUGUGCUGCGUGCAAGUUCCUCAGAAGGAAAUGCUUGCCAGGGUGCAUUUUUGCACCAUAUUUCCCUCCAGAGGAGCCACAGAAGUUUGCCAAUGUCCACAAAAUCUUUGGGGCAAGCAAUGUGUCGAAGCUACUGAAAGAGCUCCUCCCGGACCAACGAGAGGACGCCGUGUGCUCACUUGCGUACGAGGCCGAGGCGCGUGUGAGAGACCCUGUCUACGGCUGCAUUGGUGCCAUCUCUUACCUACAGAGGCAGGUGGAUCGCCUCGAGAAGGAACUCGACGCAGCAAACACAGAUCUCAUGAUCCAGGCUGCCACAACUGCGAGCAAAGAUGUGUUCAAACGACGCACUGCUGGUCCAUUCAAUCGGAUUUAAUCCAUUUGUGAUGAUUGUCUCGGAUGGGAAACCUUGGCUUUUUAUAAACUUGAAUUGAAAUCAUUGAUUUUGCACGAUAUGGCACACAUCUUAACAUUAUUCACCUAGAGCUACGUACACAAUUAUCAACUACUUUAGUUCAAUGGGCUACCAUUAAUAAUAAAUUAGCUAAUAUCAU